AUGGACUUUUCAGAUAUAACAAAAAUCGAGUUGAAUGAAAAUGGAGAAAUUACUCAUAUUGAUUUGAACACGUCUUUGGAGCAACUUGAUAGCUACCAACUUGUAUUAAAAUCUGUAACUUCAUUAUUCAUCCCAUCGACAGUUGCACUUGUUGGUAACUGUUGUAUUAGCCAUUAUAAUCAUUUAAAGAACAUUGUUGUCCCUAAAUACGCAACUGCAAUAUGCAACAACGCGAUAAAUUUCGAGUAUUUGACGCAAAUAGUGUCUUCAAAAAACACAAAACAAUUCAAUUGCAAUUUUAUACAUUGUAAAUUUGAAGUUUUUGAGAUCCCAGAUGGCGUCAAAGAAAUUGAGGAAAACACGUUUUAUGAUUGUCAAAAAUUAACGAAAAUUGUUAUUCUGUCCACAGUGACUAAAAUUAGCGAAAAUUUUGUCAGUAAUUGCAAUAGUCUUACUGAAAUUAAAAUAGUAAAAAGUGAUAACAACAUUACCUUAUUAGACACCAAAAAGGUAAUUUUAAAAAAUCAAAUAUUAACAGGAGACUUAUUAAAAAAUAUUCCUGAUUAUGUAAACACACUUUAUUAUGUCACAUGUGUUCCAGUUGAUGUGACUCAAAUUAUAAUACCAAGUACUAUAACUAAAAUUGUAAAUAAUGCAUUCUUUGGAAUUAAUAAUCUUUGUGAAUUAACACUGCCAGACACUUUGAUAGACAUCGGAAAACACAUUUUCUCUGACAACAAAAAACUUACUAAAAUUCAUAUUGGAAAUAACACAAAAAGUGAUUUUGAUAAAUUUGUUGUGAGUUACUGUUGUCAUUUGAGACUUUUGAAUUGUGGGUAUCACUUCGACAAUAUCGAGUUCACCGAUGACGAUUUUGAUGUUGUUGGAAACAAUUUUGAAAUGAGCGAAGUGCAUCAAUUUGAAUUGGAAACUAAAACGCUGGAAAAUAAAAUAUUUGAGAAUGUUCCACCACUUGUGGCACCAUAUAACAAUUUACUGAUAAAGACAAAGCAUCUAAUUAUACCAAAAGAAGUCACUGAAAUGGCUAAAUAUUCUUGUGAAAAUUCUUCAAUCCGUUCAGUCGAAAUUUUAAAUAUUUCUGUGAUAGAGGAAAACGCAUUUUCUUGUUGUGAUUUUUUGACAAAAGUUGUUUUCAGUCAGAAGUUGAAAAAUAUUAAAAACGAGGCAUUUUUGUCGUGUUAUUCACUUAAAGAAAUAACAUUACCAAAAAAUAUUCAGACCAUUGGGGACAGUAGUUUUGAGAAGUGUUAUUCCCUCACAAAAGUGUUUUGUGAAAACGACGAUGUGAUAUAUGGAACAAAGUUUUUCGCUUUUUGUGUUUCACUGAAAGAAGUUCCAGUUAUAAAGAAUAUAAACGUUGCGAUGUUUUUUGAAUGUAAAUCGCUGUGUCAAAUUUCGUUGAGUCAAAAUUGCAAAGAAAUUUGUGAUUUCGAAUUUUAUAGAUGUUUGUCACUCUCAAAAAUCGAUAUCCCAAAAAGUGUCACAAGAAUUGGAGCUUUCAGUUUUAGAAAAUGUGUCGCAUUGAAAAAAAUUGAAAUACCAUCAAAUGUUGUAAAUGCAGAUGACGGCGCGUUUUAUGACUGCAAAAACAUUGAAAAAGUUGUUAUUUAUAAUUCCAGUGUUAUAUGUGGAGUCGAUGUGUUUGAAGGGUGUGAGAGAAUUACAUCUCUGCAAAUUGGCACAGAAAAAGAAAUAUACAAAUUUGAAGUGAGUUAUACGUUUUAUUUACAAAUGAAAAAUAUACCCAUUUAUUGUGAGAAUGUUGUAGUAAAGAGAAGUGAUGUUCUUAAAUAUGGGACUACUACAAUGAUUAAUGAAAUUCAAUCGAAUAAUUUGAUUCACAGAAUUGAUGAAGGCUGUUUCUUCAAUAACACUGAAUUGACCAAAAUUGAAAUUCCAGAGCAUGUCACAGAAAUUGGUGAUUUUGCUUUUUACAAUUGUUUAAAUUUGAAAAAAAGUUGUAUUACCAACAAACGUUGUGGAAAUUUCACAUUAUUGGAAACAUUGAAAAAUAUGGAAUAUGUUGUUUCAACGAAUGUAAGUGGUUAA